CUCAAGGGCACUAAAGGUUAGAUGAAAUUCAGUGGCCGUACAGGAGAGACGUGUUGCUCCUCCUGCCGCCCCGCCGGCUUUAUGGCUUCCUCAUUCUUUUAAUGCACCUAAAUAACGUGUGGUAACUGAGGAGUGCUGUGCCUGGCUGUUUCUGCUGCAACAUUGAUCAACACCGCAACCUUGAUCAGUCUGAGGGGUGGAGACAACCACACUAGUAAAUGGUGUUAUAUGGAGAUGUAGCAGUUGGAGACGUCGUUAGAGGUGGGCAGGGCCCACUUGUAAGGAUCGCCAUGCUGGAGGAAGCAGCGCUGGUGCUGCUGGUGCUAGUAGUGACCAUCCGGGUGGUGUAUAGAUGGCGAUCUGGUCGAUGCAGCUCCUCAGCCACCCUCGACGGCAAGACAGUCAUCAUCACCGGAGCUUCUGCAGGAAUCGGUAAAGAGACGGCCAUGGACCUGGCUGGCCGAGGAGCAAGAGUCAUCAUGGCCUGCAGGAACAUGGAGAAGGCUAACAAAGUGGCAACUGAGAUCCGUGUGGCGACCAACUACCGUGGGGAGGUGGAAGUACGACGCCUGGAUACCUCAGACCUCGCCUCAGUCAGAGCCUUCGCCAAGAAGAUCCUUGAGAACGAGAAGUCUCUCCAUAUCUUAGUUGAGGAGUCAGCUGUGAGGUUUCCAUCUCUCAACUACUAGGGAGAAAUUCUGCUUCAGCGAAACACGAGAUCAGCAUCUGGAGUCAUCCGUGACAAACAUCAUCGAUUUUAUGAGCCAGUCGUAAGAUCUUGGUGAAUUGUUCGUGAUAUCUUUUUUUGGCAUUUUUUUACGAGAUCUUUAAUG